AAUGGCGACAUCUCGUCAUCUCGCCGACAUGUGACAAUGACGCAAUUUCCUCGUAACUCCGAUACCUAACGAGUAUCGAAAAUAACUCCAAGUUAGCAGUUUAUUGUUAACCGUAGACUAUAUAUGAUCUCACUAAUACGUUCUGGGCCAUAUAAAUACGGACACACGUCUCGUUUUUCAUUCAGUUUUUAAGACAAUAUGAAGAUCGUCGUGUUGUGUUGUUUAGUCUUCUCAUUGGCUAAUGCCAAUGAUAUUCGUUUAGGCUACGCUGAUAGCCGUUCUACACGAAUCUACAAUGAAAUAAAGGAAGCGAAUCCAGCAUUAUGGACCAGGACUGACCAAAUCGUAAUCAGCGCAGCGGGGAACAACGUGAUCACUGAAGUCCUGGUCACGGAUCUGAGACCAGACAAGGAUGGCGAAGCGAGUAUCGUGAGCGGCGGGAUCGGCGGGAAGACGGUGACCAUCGGCCUCUCAAGCCCCUCCAUUUUGAGGGGAUACAGAUUCGAGAUUGAAGUGUUCGCUGCUGACCCAAAUUUGAAUGCUGCGUAUUAUAGCAAAGGCGGCCGUAGUUAUGACCCUUAUCAGGAGAAUGGACAGUUUGCGCGGAAGUAUUGAUUUUCUUUAUAAACUUGUUUUUGUACGUUAUUAAAAUUAAUAAUUUUU